ACUGCAUUGCUGAAUGACACAUUAUCAUACGCCUCUAAUACUGAAAGCAAAGUCGCAGUUAGAGCUACUUCGAUCGUAACGUCGUGUGCUGGAGUUGUCAAAGAUGGCUACUUCCUUCAAGCAGGCUGUCCAUAAGAACCUCGAGUGUCCUGUCUGCCUCAGCUUCUUCAAGGAACCAAAGAACUUGACCUGCUCCCAUACCUUCUGCAAGGGUUGUCUUGAGACUCUCCUGGAGUCUUGUGGGAAGCUGUUGUGUCCUACGUGCAGGGAGGAGACUUGGGUUCCUGGUGGAGACGUGGGUAGACUGCAAUCAAACAGAACAGUCAGAUCACUAGUUGAAGAUGUGGAGACCCAGGGUCAGUUCGGUUCCAACAGUAAUCAAGAAAACGAAUCAUUCCAAAGAAAACGGAACAAAUGUCGAAAACAUCCGAACUACGAUGAAGAAUGUUUUUGUCUCAACUGUAACAAGUAUGUUUGCUGCAAGUGUGGCAUAUUAGAGCAUGCAAAGAAUGCUCACACUAUCCUGGAAGCAGGCGAACAUGAAACUGAUCAAAAUAAUCGCGUCGAGAAACUUGCAUCUAAAGCGGAUGCAAAGAUACGCAAUGUUGACAAGUAUUUCACUUUUGUUGAAGACCAGCGUAAAAGGGUGCAUAACAUACAGAAACGACUCAAUGGUGAAAUAGAUGCGGCUUUUGAGGAAUCAGUUGAGAAAUUGAAGAAAAGAAAGACGGUGUUGAAAAAAGAAGUCGAACACAAGCUAGGGAAACUUAAGACUUCAUUGGGAGACGUGGAGAAGCAGAUAUGUAAGCAGAUAGACCAGAUUAAGAAGGUUCUUGAGUUGGUUAAGAAUGGUCUUAAUUUUCCACACCAGACAGAGGGUCUGACCUCACAUGAAGCGAUGUGUCAACAGCUGGAAGAGCUUCUAAACCGGUUUAGGCCAGAUGAGGAGCUGCCCAGGAGAACUGCUGAGGAAGGUGAAAGAAUUGGCUUCAGGAGUCACGGAUCGGAUGAACUCCGGUUGGGCCAUUUAAGACAAAAGAAGUCUAAAUGGCUUCUGCGCACGGAGGCUCCACUGCCGCCUGGAAACAGCAUGUCCGGGAUGGUAAUAUCACCAAACAACGAGAUGGCUGUUGGUUGUCAAAACGGAGGAAUAGUCAUUUAUUCCUAUGAGGGCAUCAAAGAAGGUACCGUUCUGAAAUCUGUUGAAGUUCGUGCCUUACACUUCAUGCCUGAUGGUGGGUACGUCAUACGCGACACCAAUAACAGCAUUUCCUUGUACACAGAGCUUUGUGAAAAGCUUGAUGUAACGUUUGAGACAAUCAAAGGUGAAUAUGGCGGUCUCACUGUAGGCAAGGAUGGGCUGAUCUUCAUAGGUUACAGUUUAAGCCAGAAAAUACAGGUAUUUAAGCCAGAAGGGGGAAAGCAAUAAGAGAGAUAACGUGUGACGGAUUUCAACCAUCGCAGAUGUUUGCGAUGACAUCCAGUCCAGCGAUUGCAGUUAAGAGUACAUGCAUUACCAACUUUCAGUUUCAGGUACAAGUGAUCAACGAUGUGUCGGGUGCUAUUAUUCAUAGCAUCGGCAAAGAUGGUUUAUAUACCUUACCCUACUGUAUGUCAGGAUGAUUCAGUUAUCAUUGCAUGGGUUAAGCUCGGCCAGGGUCUGCUGAGCAUCGUUCAGUACACAAAAGAGCUCAAAUACAUCAAAAAUAUUUUCACUGAUUUCAAGAUAACGCCAUCACCGACGUAUUACUUAUGUGAUAGCUUUUUGCAAACAUUCAAGACGGGAGAGAUUGCCUUCUGCACUAAUAAUAGGCUUUACAUCUUCAAUGAGACAUGGGAGUAAAUUUCAGUUUUGCAGAUGAAACGUGGAAUUCAACAAACUUACUGAACCCAAUCACUUUAGAAUGUUAUUCUGUCAAAUGGAAAAAUGCACCGUAUAAAUAUUAAUAUCUACUCUUGCCUGGUCUCCGUUGUCACAGCUCAUAAUAGUCACCAACAAACACCAGAUAAAAUGAAUAUUCAGGCACCUCAUUGUCUGAAUAGGAGAAUAUAUGAGGCACCUCUUUGCCCGAAUCAUUAUGAGAUGAUGGUUCAUAUAAUGUCGGAACUUUAAAUACUCCAAAAGAAGUCCUCUCAGUGCCCCUGCCUUGUCAGCCUCUGCCGAAAUGUAAUGUAUAAGCGCCACUCUUUUAUAAUGCUAUUUUAAUGUUGACCGAUUUCGUUAUGCCGUCGACACUGGAAUUAAUUUUUUCCUAAAAUACGGGCCGGGAUUCGACCCCUCGAUCGCCCCUUGGAUUAAGAGUCAAGUUGAAUGAACCUCCAUACCACGACACUUCCUCUUUAUACUUUUCCGUCAUUAUCAACGGGAAAUUGUCUGUCAGUAAUUGAAUACAUUGCAGUAUGAAGGCAAAUCAACAAAGGCCCUACUUGGAAUAAGAAUGAUAGUUAU